UCUACAUAAGAAAGAUAGUAACUUUAAGAAACACGACAGAAAAAUGUGAUAAAAAAAAGCUAGACCCAAAUAGGAAUCUGUAAAUUUGGUAAGAAAAACAAAGAAAUCCAAAGAGAAUGAGACGAAGACAAAGCAGUACCUGUUGAGACAUGUCUGCCAAGGUCAAGCACUUGUGCUGCUGCGAGUGAUAGGUGAAGUUGAAUGAAAAUGAGGCCCGGUCCCUUAUUUAAAUGAAGGAACUUGCUUUUCCAUAAGUUAUACCGUACCCCUGAGCUGGAUAGGCCAUCCCUGCUGUCAAUUUUCAAGAUUCAAAAUUUCAUAUACAGAGGGAGGCGAUGAAACAGUUAUGGGUUUGAAUCAUCUAUGCCGUUUAUGGAGUACAUUUUCAAGUCAUGAGAAGGGCACCUUUUUCGUUGUUCAAGUUGUCCCCAGACCAUUUGGCUUUGUGCUUGCAAAAAUGUCUGAAAGCGAAGGCUCUGAGACAAGGAAAGCAAGUUCAUGCAAUGUUGUUAACAAGUCGGGUUGACAUGAACUUGUUAUCUUUGAGCUCAAAACUUGUUGGGACGUAUGCUAGUUGUGGGGAUAUGGGUUCUGCAAAGCUUGUGUUUGAUAAAAUUCCCAAGCCAAAUGUUUUUGCAUUAAAUUGGAUGGUGUUGGCCUCUGCCUUUAAUGGGCAUUAUGAUGAAGCAAUUAGGUACUUUUAUUUGAUGCAAGAAUUGGGAGUUGUUGGCAAUAAGUUCACGUUUCCAGUCAUGCUUAAAGUCUGUGUUGGCUUGAUGGAUUUGAAUAAGGGAAAAGAAGUUCAUGCUGUGGUAAAUAAACUUGGUUUUGCAAAGGAUGUCUCUUUGGCAAAUGCCUUGAUAGAUAUGUAUUGUAAAUGUGGAAGUGUAUGUCAUGCUCACCGCGUGUUUGACAGAAUGGUCGACAGAGAUGUUGCUUCUUGGACAUCAAUGAUAUGCGGGUAUUUUAAUGUAGCAAAGACUGAUCAAGCCCUUCUUUUGUUCGAGAGGAUGAAGUUGGAUGGAUUGGAACCAAAUUAUUUCACAUGGAAUGCAAUGAUAGCUGGGUUUGCUCGGUGUGGAGAUACAGAGCGAGCAUAUGCACUUCUCUCUAGAAUGACUGAAGGAGGACUGGUUCCAGAUUUGGUUACUUGGAAUGCAAUAAUUGCUGGUUUUUCCCAAAGCCAGCAUGCUGGUGAAGCAUUUAAAGUGUUCCGUGUCAUGUUGCUGUCUGGAACUAAACCGAACCUUGUGACAAUCACAGGGUUGCUCCCAGCUUGUGGGUUGAUUGGUUCAAUUCAAAGAGGGAGAGAAAUUCAUGGAUUGAUCUAUAGGAUAGGCUUUGACAUAAAUGUCUUUGUUGCUAGUGCUCUUAUUGAUAUGUACUCGAAAUGUGGCAGUGUGAAAAAAGCUCGAAGUGUAUUUGACCGGAUUCCUGUAAACCACGUUGCAUCAUGGAACGCAUUGAUUGGAUGUUAUGGCAAGUAUGGUAUGGUUGAUUCCUCCAUAGAGCUUUUUGAAAGAAUGCAAGAGGGAGGAGUGCAGGCAAAUGAAGUGACUUUGACAUGUGUACUUUCUGCAUGCAGCCAUAGUGGUUAUGUGGAAAAAGGCUUAAAGAUUUUCCGGUCCAUGAAAGGGAGUCAUGGAGUUGAGGCAAGUAAAGAACAUUACGCUUGUGUUGUUGAUCUCUUGUGCCGGUCAGGGAAGAUGGUAGAAGCUUAUGAAUUGGUCAGGGAAAUGCCUGUUGAGGUCACUGAAUCCAUUGUUGGCGCCUUUUUCAACGGGUGUAAAGUCCAUGGAAGUAGAGAUCUUGCAAAGAUGAUGGCUGAAGCUAUUCUAAAAAUGGAGUUAAAGAGACCUGGAGGUUUUGUGACACUUUCAAAUAUCUAUGCUGCUGAUGGAGAAUGGGAAGAGGUUGAGAAAGUAAGGAAGGUGAUGAAGCAGAGGAAGGUCCUCAAGAAACCUGGAUCUAGUUGGCUUGAUAAAGGGAUGGCUUUGCAGGAGUGGAAGUAGAAAAGAAGUCAACGAAGAGUGUAUCCAAGGUCUGCCUCUUAUAAGACAAGAUCAAAAUGGAGAAGAUGAUGAUGAAUCUAAAGAUGAAAACACUAUUGGAUUUGGUGGUUGCACGAGUUGCAGGUUUGCAACUUCACAUUGUGGCCCUACAUUCUUCCAUUCUUCCUUUCUUUCCUUCAAACUGUUUAAGUCACAAUGUUUCAAAACAAGUUGGACAACAUAUAACUAAUCCAAUUUUCUGACAA